AUGCCCGAACCUUUGUGGUGGGCUGACCUGUGCCGGGGCUUGCCUGCGCGGUUGGAUAAGCUCACUCGGGAUCAGGGUUUUACUGUCGACGGUGACGGCUUCUCGCAGGAGAGUCUCUACACUUUAGGUGGGACCCCCCCCCCGGCCUUGCAGAGCGGCAGUGCGUGUAAGCGUGCUCGCUCCCGACAGCCCCGUGCCUCUGCCACCACUGCAGCCCCGUGUGCCUCUGCUCCCGCUCCUGUCUUCAACCCGCCGGUGCUGCCCUCUGUUGUUCGCGGCCGGCUGGAGCACUUUCCUCGACGGCAGUUCGUGUGCAAGGGUCCCUGGCCCGACUUGUCAAGGCCUGGCGGUUUGGACUUGUUUUCUGGUGUCGGCGGUGUCGCUCGUGCUCUGGUGCGCCACGGCUGCCCUUGGGUGUUGACUUUUGACUGCCUUCGUGGUGCCAGCGAAGACCUCUCCGCGGGCACUUUGCAGCGCGAGCUGCUCGAGCUGCUUCGCUUGGGCGCGUUUCUGUGUGUCGGCGGUUCGCCGCCCUGCGCUUCCUUCAGCCGUGCUCUUGCUCCACCCGUGCGGUCCGCGGCCGCCCCUGCUGGUGUCCCUCACCUUCCUCCUGGUGUGUUUGCAAAGGUUGUGCGGGAUAACCGUUGGAGCGCCUGGCUGUUGGAACUGAAGUGUGUUGCCCAGGCCGCCGGGGUCCUCUUCUGGUUUGAGAACCCCGACCUCUCUUUUCUGUGGCGAAUGCCAGGCUGGGAAGAGGAAGCGAACGAGGAUCGUCACCAACUGCUGUCUUGCAGGAGCGCGCCCUUGACCGCGCUGCUUGCGCAAAGCUUCCUGCCUGCUGCCGCAUCGGUGAAGCCUCGCACCCUGGCCCUCGCCGCCCCUCUGCUAGGCGGGCCACGGACGCAACACCUUCGUGUCGACUUCCCCGCGGCCGUCGAGCUCAUCACUGCUGGGGUCCAUGGACUGGCGUGGGAGGAGCCGGUCUAUCCUUUUGGGCCAGCGACCUACAGGCGACGCUGGGACAUGCUCCUCACUGCGCUGGGUUUGGGCCAAUGCGAGCUGACGCCUGGCGGCUUGCGCGGUGGUGGUGCGGUUUGGGCGUACCACCACGGGACCGCUAUAGCCGACAUCCAAUGGAGGAUGCGGCUAAAGCAUCAACAUACGUUGGUGCACUACCUCCAGGAAGUCGCCGCCCUCAACGCGCUGCUGGACGCGGGAGCUGACUCACGGAUCCGCCUUCGUCAGGUGGCAGAGCUUUUUCCUUUCGUGGUGCUUAGCUUUUGA